AUGGCAGAAACAAUGAGACAAACUGUGGCUUCGAUUUUGAAAAGCAUCGAGAGAUAUAACCCAGCCAAUCUACAGACACUCGAACGAUACGUUGAGUUGCAAUCGAGAGAGAAUACAUACGAUUUAGAAGCUAAUUUAGCGGUUCUGAAACUUUAUCAGUUCAAUCCAGAAAGGUUCAACCCUGACAUAACGUGCCAGAUACUUUUGAAGGCACUUACAAAUUUCCCUCACACUGACUUCACAUUGUGCAAGUGCCUGCUUUUAGAAUCUGUAGUGGAAAACGAGACCAUUUCCCAAAUAAAGUAUCUGGCUGAUAUUCUUGAGCAAUGUGACUUUGCCCAGUUUUGGAACAGAGUACACCAAAUGCCAGAACUGUGUAACCGUAUCAGCAGCUUCCACGACUCCAUUCGCAAGUUCGUCUGUCAUGUUGUUGGUAUUACUUUCCAGACUAUCGACAAGAAUAACCUCGCUAACCUAUUAGGAGGAAUUGAUGAUGUUACCCUCAAGCACUGGGUUAAGAAAUAUGGUUGGAAGGAUGAGGGUAACCUUAUCUUCAUCGCCAAUCAAGAUGAAAACAUCAAGACUAAGAACAUUACAGAGAAAAUUGAAUUCGAUCAUCUCGCUCCGUUAAUGGCAAUUUUUUUGUGA